GAAGACAUCGGUUAUUAUUGGUUUAGAAAUAUCAUUAUCUAGUUAUUGGAUAGGAUGGCGCCCAUUCUUGAAUCGAACAUUCUUCUGAAGUGUCCCUGCUCGUACACGAGAGUUGAUCUAGGGGUGUUGACGUUUUUGUUUAUCGUGCUCGCAUGCUUGUCUGACUUUUAAAAAUACCGCAUGGAGCACAUUUGGUCAAGUUUGGCCCUUCAUUUACACCUUUCCUUUCGAGCUUCGAAUUCAAGACACUGAAAAGUGACAAAGUAAACAUACACAUUAAGAUGGCUCCAGUCAAGUACUUCUUCAUCGGCGCAGGUCUGUUGAUGUCGGCCAUGGCCGAUUAUGUCGCCUUCACAGAGUGGCCAGCCAGUUUGACUGCUGGUCAACCCGUGACUCUGAAAUGGGUCGGAGGCGGUGAUGCUCCCUUCACAAUCACCCUCCGAAAAGGCGCAUCAACCGACCUCCACGACGUCCAAGUCCUGACCACCGCCGCUACCAACGGCGAAUAUACCUGGACUCCCCCCCGCGAUCUCCAGAAUGCCAACGACUACGCUUUCCAAAUCUCUCAAGGAGAUCAAAUCAAUUAUACCGGUCUUUUGCCGCUAUCCGGUGGCUCAGACACGCCUAAUGCCAAUUCCCUGGACGGGACUCAAACGGAUGCCGCGAACUUGAGCAAUUCUGCUUCUGCGACUGAGACCGCUGCUGCUGCGUCGUCUUUGACUGAAUCCGCUGCAACUGCAGCGGCAUCCGCGACAGGUACCAUUGCCGGGGCGACUACAACAGCCACUGAUAGCGCUGCCUCGGCGACAUCUGCUGCUACAGGUAGCGCAACAACAACCGGUGGUACAAGCGCCAGCGAAGAAGGAGCCAGUGCAACGGCAUCAUCUGUAUCAACCGAGACCGCGUUGGCGUCGAAAAUGAAUACCCCUUUCGUCGGAUCGCACAUGGCAACGCCGACUACGGCAGCUUCGUCGAGCGUGCAGACCGGUUCUGCGGGUCGGGUUGUUGUUGUUGUUCCCCUUGCUUUGCUUGCUAGUUCCGCUGCUUUUCUCUUUGUGUUUGUUUAG